AUGGGUAAUUUUGUUGUCGUACCAUCAUUUCAUCGAUCAUUAAAUAGUUCUAAAAGUGACACUGAAUUAAAAUCAAUCGAUUCACAGCCAGUUCAAGAAGACACUAACAACUAUCAUGUUAAUUAUGAUCCUUCGAUUCAUAUCGAAUCAUCUUUAUGGAUUAAGAUAAAAAAUCGCACAAAAAACAAGAAACUGUCAAAUCGUAUUCGAACAACACGUUAUAAUAUUCUAACAUUUAUACCAAAGAAUCUCUUUGAACAAUUUCAUCGUGUAGCAAAUAUUUAUUUUGCUAUAUUAAUUGUUCUCAAUUGGAUACCAGUGAUAAAUGCAAUUGCAAAAACUGUUGCAUUUUUACCUUUGACAGUUAUUUUGGUUAUAACUGCUGUAAAAGAUCUUGUUGAAGAUUUAAAGCGCUGGCGUAGUGAUGUACAUAUUAAUAAACAACUAACUGAAGUCUACGAUAAAACAUCGCGAACUUUUGUCCAAUGCCAAUGGCAAGAUGUGUCGGUUGGAAAUAUUAUUCGAGUACGUGCUGAUCAAGCAGUACCAGCUGAUAUUGUUCUAAUUUCUUCGACAUCAUGUGAAAGUACUUGUUAUUUGGAUACGGCUGCUAUUGAUGGUGAAACAAAUUUGAAACAAAAAAGUAUUGCAUCUUGUUUCUUAAACAUUUCUAAACCCGAAGAAACAAGUUUCGAAUUACAAUGUGAUCCACCAAAUGAAGAUAUCUAUCAGUUUCAUGGUAGAAUAACAUUAGCUUCAGGAACCGAUACUUAUUCAUGUGAUAAUAAUAAUGUUCUCUUACGAGGAUGUGUGCUUCGAAUAACUGAAUAUGUCGAUGGUAUUGUUGUAUACGCUGGUAAUCAAACAAAAGUGAUUAGAGCAUCAAAAAAAACGUCGUGUAAACAUUCGCGUAUCGAGCGAUAUGUUAAUCGUGAUGUAUUGUUUUCAAGUGUGGUUUUAGCAUUUUUAUGUUUACUUGGCGCUGGUCUGUCAUUAAAUUGGGAACGUUCAUUUGGUCAACAAUGGAUUUUUGUACCAUUCAUAGUGAAUGACCCAUUGAAGAAUUAUACUGGUCACUUUUUUGUAUCGGCUAUACGUUUUGUAAUAUUAUUUCAAGUGAUGGUUCCUAUAGCAUUAUAUGUUUCAUUAGAUAUCGUACGUGUUCUACAGAUGUAUAAAAUAGGACAAGAUAAACAUUUAAAACAUGGACACCCAAUUAGUUGUCGAACUUUUACAAUUAAUGAAGAUCUUGGUCAAAUCGGCUAUAUUUUUUCUGAUAAAACUGGUACAUUAACACAGAAUGAACUUAUCUUCAAAACAGUAUCUAUUGGUGGUUUACAAUAUUCAAAUCGUUCUGAAUUGCCAGAGAAGCAUGACGCAUUAACUUAUCAUUUUCUAACAACACUUGCAAUCUGUAAUACAUCAUUUAUUGUUGAUGAACAUCCAGAUUUGAUACACAAUCUUGAUUAUAGCCCAAAAUACGAAGGAGAUAAUGCUGAUGAUCUUGUACUUUGUCAAGCAGCAUCAGAUUUUGGUGUUCGAAUGAUAUCACGUUCUGCUCAAACUGUUGUUGUUCGGUAUAUUGAUUCAACUGAUACACGAAAAGAAGAUGUUGAAUAUGAAAUUUUAUGUUUAUUACCUUUUGAUUCAAGUCGAAAACGAAUGUCAAUUAUUGUUCGUACUAACAAUAAAAUAUAUUUGUAUAUCAAAGGAGCUGAAACAUCUAUAUGGCCAAAUUUAAGUGAAUAUAACGAAAUGUAUGUGAAAAUGACAACUGAACAACAUAGUAUAGGGUUCGCUGAGCAAGGCUUUCGUUCUUUACUGGUUGCCUUUAGAGAAAUAGAACUAGAGGACUUUCAAAAUUGGUUUCAACGAUAUCAAACUGCUGCCAAUGCAUUGGAUAAUCGUGAAGAAGCAGUUGCAGCAGCAGCAUCAGCUAUUGAAGUCGACUUAAUAUUAGCAGGAUUAACAGCUGUAGAAGAUAAACUGCAAGAAGGAGUACCAAAAGCUAUUGCAACACUACGAUGUGCUGGAAUUAAAAUUUGGCUUUUAACUGGUGAUAAACAAGCAACAGCAUUGAGCACAGCACAAGCCGCAUCAUUAGUUAAUAUGCCACAAACAUCGACUGUUGAUAGUAAUCCAGUAUCUCAAAGCAUUGCAGCAACAAUGGCAACAUGGGAUUUUUCUGAAACGACGAAACAACAAUUAAAUCAAUAUACUCAUAUGAUCUAUUAUGGUUCACAAUUAAUAGAAACAGAACAACGAUUAGGUACUCAAUCUCAAUACAUAAUUGAUGAAAUACGUACUAGUGAGACAAUUACUCGAAUGAGUGAAGUUAUUGCUGCACAAACACUACCUGUAUGUCUAGUAGUGACAGGUGAUGAUUUAGGUUGCAUCCUGCGACAUAGACCCGAACAAUUUAUUCGAGUUGCUGGUCAAUGUCAAUCAGUUAUUUUUUGUCGAGUUUCACCAACACAAAAACGUGAACUUGUUACACUUGCUAAGUCAGUAUUCAAAGAACGUAUAUUAGCAAUCGGUGACGGUGCCAAUGAUGUUGGAAUGAUCCGUGAGUCUCAUUGUGGUGUAGCUGUUUAUGGCCGUGAAGGAUCACAAGCAGUUUCUGCUGGCGAUUUUGCUGUUGAUCGUUUUGAAUGCCUUCUUUAUCUAUUACUUGUUCAUGGUGCUUGGUGUUUUACACGCACAAGUGAAUUAAUUCUAUACACAUUUAUGCAUAAUUGUCAAUAUGUCUUCGUGAUUUUUUAUCACCAAAUUUUCAAUGGAUUCUCCGGUGCUGUUUCUCUUCAUUCAUUUUAUCUCAUUCUCUACACAAGUUUAUUUACUGUGCUUCCUCAGUGCGCUGCUGCUCUAUUUGAUGAACAUAUAUCAGCUGAACGAGCUUUAAGUGAACCUAAACUUUAUCAAUAUACACUGCAAGGGAAACCAUAUCAAUUAUCGUCUUUCUGGGUGAAUUUUUUCGAUGCCGUUUGGCAGAGUUCUAUUAUUUUCUUCAUAAGCCAUUAUUCUUAUCGACAUCAAUCAGAUAUUGAUCGAUUAUCAUUUGGCUUUUCACUCGUAUUCAGUAUGGUUGUAGUUUCUUUAUUACAUGUUCUAAUUCAAACAAGACGCAUCGAUUGGUCAGUCUUGGCCUCUUCAAUGUUAAGUUUUAUUAUUUUUCUUGUUUUUACGCUUAUAUUUGAUGCUGUAUGUGUUGCGUGUAUUCCAUAUGAAAGUCCAUAUCAAGUAUCAUACAGAACUUUUGCACAAGCUCGAUUUUGGUUCGCAAAUAUUUUUAUUAUUAUUGUUGCUUUACUGCCACGUUUUACAGUUAAAUGUGUUUAUAAUACACUACGAAACUCAUUUGACUAA